AUGACAUGUAUAGACAAUUUGCAUUACAACGAGUUGCUCUUCUGUACACUGAGUGACUCCUCAUCUGUAACGUUACCCCAAUCCAUGAGAUGUGAUCCAAAACUGUUCAAAGAUGAAGUAGAUAUAAAAUUCAGCAAAUCAUUGAAUUCAUGUAAAGUUCCGCAAAUUCGACACGCGUCGGUUGAUAAAUUACUCGAACGGUUAACCGACCUUCGGUUCUUAAGUAUCGAUUUCCUCAACACAUUCCUGCUGACGUAUCGAGUAUUCGCCACCGGAUCUAUGAUAGUGGAGGCUCUAAGAAACGUCUACCGGAAUCCGGAAUGCUGUAACCUCGAAUCUAUCCAUCAAACUUCCAGUGGGAAUGAUAGGAGUUGUAACGGAAGUAACAGACAAUCAUUCGACAACGACGACUCAACGGAUUCAAGCAGCGCUCUUGAAGACCAGCAGCAGCAGCAUCUGCAACAUCAUCAGCAGUAUCAACUACAUCACCCACAACAAUAUUAUGAUUGGUUUGCCCAACAACAACAACAGCAUCAACAACAACAACAACAGCAAACCGAUGAUCAACAACAACAACAUCGUGUUAGUAUUGUAUCGAACAAAUCGAGAAAAAUUAGCAUUCGAAGUGAAGGCGCCAAAAAGGGCGUCACAUUUGAAGAUGAAUAUUCAUCCAAAGUCGAUGGCAACUGUCAGCAGUUGUUGGCCGGUUUCAACCAUCAACACCACCACAUUGACGAUCAGGGUACAAAAAACCUUCCCAUCCCUGCCACGACAACUGUGACGUCAUAUUUGAUUCCGAAAGCUCCGAAACUCGCCCCGAUAGCAUCAUUUGAGACACUCUCCGAGAGUAUCGACCUGCAACCUGACGAUUAUCGCGAUGACGUCAUAUCCGCUCAAAAUCGAAAUGACCUUCUGAUGGUCCACAGCGUAUCGCAACAAUUCAAGAGCAAGCCGAGUGAGUUCAACGAUAUCUUGGAAGAAUCAUCGGAAGACCACAAAUUUGAUGACGAAGAUGAUGAUGUUGAUGAUGGGGAGGAUGAAGAAGAUAAUAAAGAAAGUGAUGAGCUAUCAAAGAGAAAGUUUACAAUGCUCAACAAACAACACUCUACCUCGUUGCAAGAAACGCUCCACGAAUGUCACCACAGAGAGCCGCUCAAUAUCAUCCAAUCGAAAAUGAUAUCACAACAACUUAACAUACCGAAUCAACCGGUACAAAAAAUAAAAGGAUCAUCAUCUUCAACUUUAGUACCAUCUCCUUCAAAUAACGGUUCUGUGUUUGUUCCCAUGAUAUCCAGUCGAGUAGCAGGUACACCGAAAUCGGCAAAACCUCAGCCAUUAACGCUGCCAUCUCUUCUUCAAAUAUCAACUUAUGAUGACGAUGUACUGGGUUUGAAGCCCAACAGAUCACCGGUUAUUGAGUACAACCCUGUCGUUACAAAAAGUACUUGUUUCGACGGACCCUUCAGUGACGAGAAGAGAGAUGAUUCGAUUCGAAACCGACUGAUCGGUAAGAAGAACAUGUUCCUAUCUCCGUUGUACGCCUCCAAGUCUCACCAUAUAAAAAACAACCAGUGCAGACUGUCAGCAUCCACCCAUCAACUUGCUUCUCUUGCAGUUCCUAAUGAAGAUGUCCACGGUUUCAAUGGUGGCCACAGAACUGGCGACAACGACUUCAACUACAACUAUCAGAUUAACGCGCUAGCACUUUCGCCGACUAUUUUUCCAAAAUAUAGUUUGUCAUCAGCAACUAAUGACUGCAUGCUACUUGCUGGAUUGAAGAGACGGCGUUCCACGUCACCAACAUCGUUCCCAUGGAGUGAUCAGAAGGAGAAUUUUACAGAUAACAUAAAGAUGGAAACUUCUUUGGACGCCAAAGAAGAAUCUCACGGCCAAUUUUUCAAAUCAUUCAAAAACCAGCUCUUAGAACUGACCAAUAUUAAACCUGGUACCGCAAAAGUAGAAAAUUUCAAGAAAGAAAAAAUCACAAUCGUUCAGGAAAAUGAAUUCAAAAAUUUAAAUGGAACAGACGAGGUGCAUCAACAAAAACAACAACAAAAACAACAACAAAAAUCAUCUGCAUUUUCUUUUUUUGACAAACUAAAUAGCUCAAAAAGCAAACAAAAAUUUCAAUUGUUUCAACGCAAAGAUAGCAGCGCUAGUGACGAUGGCGACAAAAACAACGCAGAUGCCACAGCAUCGACUACAAACCUCUGCAUGAAAAUUCCAGCUGAUAUUAAAGUCAGACGACACUCGGCUCUAAACAUUUCAGAGCCGUUUGAUAGGGUUAGGGCACCAAUUGAAAACGAACCUCCAGUUUUCAAGAAAUCUCACCAUCAUAAGAACGCUCACCAUUCAGCUAGACUCUCCGUAAGUGGACAAUCGAGAAAUUUUCCAGUUUUCAGAAAAUCUUCACGAUCGGAGAUAGCGUCUGCUACAACGACGGUCAGUUCAUCGUCUCACCUCCAAGUGACAGCACAUCCAAGAUCGGCUUCUGCGUCUGCAGCUUCCGGGGCUCUACGUAAGUCAUCGCACCGAAGUGGUAGUAGUCAGAGCAAGAGGGAAUCCAUGCCAAACAUGCCCUACCCCCAGCAGCAACAUCACCACCACUUGCAUCACCAGCAUGGCUACCACAGGCAAUCUGUAGGCGCCACCUCUCUCACGGGCACCAUACCUGCUCAUCACGCUUCGCUCUCCUACAAACCCAAGACAAGCAAAUACAGUUUAUACGAUCAAGAUCAGAUGCAAUGCUUGAGUCCACGUAGCAGUUGUGCCACAGUUUCUGAAUGUCUGGCCCCUGCCACCAGGGCCGGUAUUGUGGUGACGUCAUCAAGGGCUUCUAAGAGAAGGUUGUGUCAAAGGGUUAAAUUGUCUUUGUAA